AUGGUUCUUCUGCCUCUGCGCUGUCUCCUCUGGGGCUGCGUGUUGACCGCCGUCCACCCAGAACCACGCACUACGUGCAGAGAAAACCAGUACCUGAUAAACAGUCGGUGCUGUGAUAAGUGCCAGCCAGGAGAGAAACUGGUGAAUGACUGCACAGAGGUCACCUCCACGGAAUGCCUUCCUUGCAAAAAAGGCGAAUUCCUAGACACUUGGAACAUAGAGAGACACUGUCACCAGCACAAGUACUGCGACCCCAACCAAGGGCUCCAGGUCCAGAGGGAAGGCACCUCAGAAACUGACACCACUUGCACAUGUGACGAAGGUCUACACUGUACCAGCGACGCCUGUGAAAGCUGCAUCCAGCACACCCUGUGCCCCCCUGGCCUUGGAGUCAAGCAGGUUGCUACAGGGGUUUCUGAUACCAUCUGCCAUCCGUGCCCAGCCGGCUUCUUCUCCAAUGUGUCAUCUGCUUUGGAAAAGUGUCACCCUUGGACGAGGUGUGAGACCAAAGGCCUGGUGGAGCUUCAGGCGGGGACCAACAAGACGGAUGCCGUCUGCGGUUUCCAGGAUCGGAUAAGAGCCCUGGUGGUGAUCCCCAUCACGAUGGUGGUCCUGCUUGCUGUCGUGUUGGUGUCUGCGUAUAUCAGAAAGGUGACCAAGAAGCCAGAGAAUAAGGCUGUGUCGCAGGACCCUGUGGAGGACUUGGAGGUCCUUCCUGUCACCCUCCACCCCAUUGCUCCGGUGCAGGAGACCUUACACGGGUGCCAGCCGGUCACCCAGGAGGACGGCAAAGAGAGCCGCAUCUCAGUGCAGGAGAGAGUAUGA